GUGUGUUUAUAUCAUAGGUGAAAAUCUCAGAGAUGGUUAGCCAACACGCAAUGGCUACGACAGUUCGUAAAGUUAAACAUGAAAAUCGUCUAAGGAGACAGAAUCAAACGCAAGAUGAAGAAGCGAUAUACAAGACAGCAUCAUCACUUGUGCUCAAGUCAAUAUCGAAUAAUCAUAUAAACCUGGUAGGAGGUUCAAAGCAGACACCUCGAAACGACAACUGUAGUAAUAACAAUCAAGAGAGAAAUAAUUCUCACAACUGUGUAGUCCAGCAGGCAGAAUUUGGACUACAACAGUUGGAUCACAGAAUGCCACCUCUCUAUGGGGAGGAGCAAUCUCCCAAUCAAAACCAACAAAAUACCAAUCUUCAGACUCACAGCAAUAAAUUUCCGAUUGAACGGGAAGUUGUAUUAACAUCGAUUGACAAGAAUAAUAAAAUUCCAAUUCUAAACGAGUACAAGCAGAGAGCAGCAGGUCGUGUUGCUAUUGCACCUGACGCCCCCAUCAAGCAACAAGCCUGGAUCCAAGAGGCUAACUUGCAAGUCCAGGUUGUGGAUCAACGACAGGAUGGUCAUCCUCAUGUUGGUCAAAACCAAGAAAUUUAUUCAUCCGUUUCAACUGGAGCUGUGCCAAGAAUUCCAAAAUCUGAAGAAGAUCGUUCAAAAUCUUUGUCGAAAACUUACCACACAAUUAAAGAGAUGAUUUCCAGUCGAUUUGGCCCGUCUCGUAAGGACAUUGAGCCGGAGAUUGAGGUUAGCCUCAACAACGUAACAGAGGAACUAAGAAAAUCCAAUAAGAGUAUUGACGAGGAUGAAGCAAAAAAGAAAGAAAGCAUUUAUGGUAAAGCCAAAAGCCAUGAUACUCAAGUGACUUCAAUGAAGCUUCAACAACAACAGCAACAACAUUUUACCAACAACACUUACAACCAGCAAUACAAUCACACAUACUAUCAAAGCUCUUCGACACAGCAAAAUGCUAUUUUGCCAGGUCAACAUCAAACUAAUACACCAAUUCAACCAAGUCUUCCGGGACAGUCAGCUCAACUUCAUGUCAGUCACAUCACCCCACCAGCUGGCGUUCAAACAGUCCAUCAAACGCAGGUGUCUCCCUAUAACCCACAAAUACCCGGACGAAAUGAAUAUGUUAUUCAGACUCACAGUGGGAUACCUCAACUUCAAAACCCUCCUCUUGGUAAGCAUGGACUACCAAUGCAACCAGUGACAAACCUGAAUCAAAAUUAUCCAGCAUCUCAACAGCUAAUCCAUCAAAGUCCACGGUUUUCUCACAAUCAACAUGUCCAGAACAUGCAUCAAAGGCAGUUGAUUCAACAGAUGCAACAACAACAACAACAACAACAACAGCAGCAGCAUCUCGGAGCCUCUCAACCUAGUCCAAGAACUGCCAUGAGGACUCAGCAACAGCAGCAGUUUCCAAGUGGAUUGUCUUAUCAGCAGUAUCAGCAAGCCCGUCAGACUAUCUCGAGGUCGCAGAUUGAUCUUCCCAGUACAUCUCGACAGACACUUGACACUGUUAGGAUGAUGGGACAGGAAAUGUAUUAUCAUUAUAAUAAAGGUCGGCCUGGAUACUCGGUACAGAAUCCUCAGGUAUAUGUUAAACAGGAGAAUAAUCAAGAAAGCGAAUUGCAGCAUAAGAGAUUUAUCGAGAAGGCUGUUUCACAGCCUCAACUAUGUUACGGUGAUCAGAACAAGGAUGGAAAGAAUAACAGCAUGGAGCUGUUGGCAACAGAAAAAUAUGAAAUCACAGUGGAGGAAAGAAUAACCCAAGAGUUUGUGUCUGAUAAAAAUCAGGAAGAAAAUCAUCAGAGAUUGAAUCAAGACUUUAGACCAGACACAAGUCUUGAUAAUCGUAAAGAUGAGAUGAUGUACUUGGAUAGUAACAACAAAGAGUUGCAUGUCCAGAAACUAUCAGAUCAAGAACAUAUGGAUUCGUUGGAAAAAAAAGAUUUAAAAGCUCCAAGUAGUGGGAGGAUAAUUGAAGAUGAAAAAAAGGAUGAGAGGUCUAAAGAAAUGAUAUCAGAUUCUGCUGAUGUUAAUAAUAAGAAGACCAAUGUAGGCCAGGUGCACGAAAUUACUAAGAAAAUGGAAGAAAUAAAUUAUCAACAAACGCGAGAUUGUAAAGAAAUCAAGAGAGAGGAUCUGGAACAUAGAAUGGCGAGAAUGAAAAUUCAAAAUCAAGGUUCAGGUUCAGAUUAUGAUAAACCAGGUCAAAGCUCCAGUAAUGUAGAUUCUGGUAGAGGCUCCGCGGUAUAUUCCAGUGGUAGAAGACCGCCUUUAGUAGAUCAAAAUCAUCAGCAAGCUCGAGAUACUGAAUGGGUAGAUAUCGUCGAGUCUGAGCUAAGAAGUAUUUUGGAACCCUCAAGAGAUAUUUCAGCAAUGGCUCAUUCCACUCUUUCGGAAAGUGUGUCAUCAGUGACACCACCAUUACCACCCCUUUCACCACAUGGAAGUCCAAGAACUCCUAGAAAUCGAUACUCAUCCAGUUUACCAUAUGGAGCAAAACCUACUUACAAUGAAUAUGGCAAAAGCAAUGACAAGAGAAACUUCCAAAGUAGCAUCAAACAUCGAGCCACAUCUUCAACAAUGAAGAAAGACUCUCAGUCUAAAAAAUUCUCUCAUCUUUUUGGUGUUGAAGCAGCGGACCUAACUUCAACGACAACUGGAUUAGAUUUAGAUUCGAUGUUAGACAGAAGUGAUUCUGAUUUAAGCACAAACGGGAAUGAUGCAAGAACAAUAAGAAAACAGCUUGAAGGAUUGGAGAAUAUGUAUAGUGAAGUUUUAAAAUUACUGGGCGGAAGUGUUAAGAAACGAAGGAAGACUCGAGGACUAACAAGUUAUGGUUCAGUAUCUUCCCUUCCUACUUCGUCAGUUUCCUCCAGACCAAUUGCAAGGCAUCAUGACAAAAGGAGAUCUCAUGCUAUUGAUGAAAGAAUAAAGAAAGCAAAAGACGUCAAGAGUAUCAAUAAACGUUUCCAACGACUUGAAUCGCACGUUGUUACUUUAGCCCGGUCUGUAGCUCAUCUCUCCUCAGAAAUGAGAACUCAACAUUUGAUGAUACAAGAAAUGGAAAAUAUUAGAGGUGAAAUUUCUGCUUUAAGAACGCAAACCAACAUGGUAAUGGUAAGAUCACAGUCACAGCCAUUGAUAAAAGACGCUGAGUUGCCUGCACUCUCCAAUCCAUCAAGAGUAAAAAAACUCACGAAAUUUUUUGGCACUGAGCCACCUCUCAUCCGGUUAUUUCUUCGAGAACUCGGCUAUGAGAAAUAUGCUGCGGCGUUCGAGAAGGAAAAAGUUGGAAUGGUAGAAUUACCUUACUUAAGUGAAGAAAGGCUACAGAAAAUGGGAAUACCUUUAGGACCCAGACUGAGGAUUCUUCAAGAAGCUCGAAUAUCCGUUUGCAAGGAUCCAAUUUAUGUAGUAUAAUAUUAUUAAAAAUCAUUUUUUAUCAGAAAAAAAUUAAUACUUAUAGUCGUAAUAAUAAUAAUAAUUAUAAAAAAAAAAUUAUAAUAAUAAGUCUAGUAGAAAUUUAAUUGAAACAACAAUAAGAGUCUAACAAGACAAACUUCAAGAUCUAGAUUAAAAUAGUUAUGUUACCAGUUGGUACAAAGCUUGUUGAGAAAAUUAAUAUUGCUCAGGAUUAAUAAUGAUAAAUUUAUAAAAUAAAAUCACUGAAACUGAAUGGCAAUUUAAUUUCUAUUAAAAAUCAUUUAAAAGUUGUAUUGAGUACUUAUGAAAUUAUAACAAUUCCCUUGCAUAGAGUAUGUUGGAAGAGCAAUUUUCAGUUAAUUGAGUGGUCAUGGUACUCUACCAGCGUUUUAAUUAAAUCAAAAAAUAUUACGAAAAUUUCUACUAGAAUAAUAUGACAAUCCAUUAAAUAAUAAAGAUUGCUAUCGAGUUAAUGAACAAUUUCAUAUCGUACACCAAAUCAUUCAAAAUUAUUCAGUAUUAAUUGACAAUUAAUCAAAGUGUACAUUAUAUUAAUAAGAAUUUUAUUCUAAUAUCGAUUAUUCAAGUACAAAUAUCUAUAUUUAUACGAAAUAAAUAUGAUAGGAAAUGCGAUGAGAACGUUUGUCAAUCACGAAUGUUGAUGCUGAUGGAUAAAAAAAAAAACAUUUAAAAUAAUAAUACAUAUACGUAUCGCCUGCCAAAGAGUUACCGAACAACUUGUUUUUGUAUUAUAAUAUACAAAUGUGUAUUUCAUUCUACUUUAUGUAAUAUUUAAAAUAGAGGCAAAAACAAUGUGGAGUAAUUGAAUCUUUUUUUUUUU